AUGAAGAUGCGCAGUUCAAAGUUUGAAACAAUCAAUGAAUUGACAUACAAUUGGUUCACACAAGCAUUGGCCAAAAAUUUGCCAGUCUCCGGUGCGGUAAUUCAAGUGAAAGCAAAAGAAAUUGCAAUCGAAAUUGGUGAACACGAUUUCAAGGCCUCCAACGGAUGGCUUGAGGCGUUCAAGAGCAGGCACAAGUUAACAUUUUCCUCCGUUUGUGGCGAAUCAAAGGAUGUACAACAACAACCAGUCAAUGACUUUUUGGAGAAAUUACCAGAGAUGAUUGCUGGAUAUAAAAUCGAAGACAUUGCGAAUUGCGAUGAAACUGCGUUGUUUUUCCGAGCGAUACCAAAGAAAACAUUGCACAAAAAGGGUGAAAAGUGUUACGGUGGCAAACAUUCAAAGGAUAGGUUGUCUAUUUUAUUGUGCUGUUUCGCUGAUGGCAAAUUCGAGAAGCCGCUAGUCAUUGGUAAAUCUCAAAAUCCGAGAUGUUUUAAGGGCGUAAAGAAGCACCAUUUACCGGUUUCGUGGUAUGCUAACAAAAAAGCGUGGAUGACUGGAUCGAUUAUGGAAGAGUUUUUGAUACAAUUGAACAAGAAAAUGAUGAUUCAAAAACGAAAUUUUUUAUUGUUUUUGGACAACGCAUCGAGUCACCCGAAUUUGAAAUUGUCGAAUGUUCAGUUGAUUUUUUUGCCACCCAAUACGACAAGCCAAACUCAGCCACUUGAUCAAGGAAUCAUCAAUGCAAUAAAAGUACAUUACCGAAAACGAGUUCUAAAGCGAUUGAUUUGCCAAAUGGACACUGCGAGAAACGUAUCGGAUUUAGUAAAAGGCAUAACAUUUCUCGAUGCGAUUUUUUGGUUGAAGGAAGCAAUCGAAAGUUUAAAUGAUAAAGUGGUUCCAAACUGUUUUCGCAAAGCCGGCUUUCAGUAAGAACAUAUCGACGAUACUGACGAAGAUAAUAUUCCUUUAUCUGAACUGCGCGCUUUGAUGGAACAAGCUGGUUUUGAUGAUCUAUCGCCAGAAGAAUUCGCACACAUUGACGAUGAAGUGAUUACUGAAAGUGAUACCGAGUUCAACACUCCAAACAAUGAAAAUCGAGACGACGAAAGCGAAAACGAAGACGAAUGUGAAGAUGAGAACUCGGAACAAAAUGAAGCUA